AUGGAUGUUGAUACAGACGAGCCGAGAAUGGCUGGAAGUAGAGAAGCUCCGAUUAUAGUCGACGAGGAGAUGGAUUCACCAGUAGAAAGGGACUGGGUUCGGUCAUCCAAGAGCAACGUCGAAGAGCAUGCUAUUCUUGAAUACAUAACACGCCUUGUCAAAGCGACGCACAACCAACGACUCAAAGUCGAAGCAGGCAAGAAUCUGAAGAGCUACAAAAGCCAGUACAAGGAGCAUUCAAACCUCAAGACAGAAGUUGCGAAAGCUGCCCGUUGGCCAAACGUACUCCCGAGUGGAGCAGAGGCAGCUUGGGUUGAAGGACGCAUCGCGCGAUCGAACUAUGCCCACCAGAGAGAGGACGAGUUUGCCGAGUCUAUUCAACGCCUGGAUACAUUCUCAAACUCGGAGGAAACCGAUCCUUCUGUUCAGCUGCUUGCGCUUGCGAUGAAGGCGCGUAACCAGCGCUUGGUGGAAGGGUCAUUCCGCACAAAGGUUCAGUCAGCUCAAGAGGAGCUUGAGCGGGUUCGAGAGCUGCACGAACACAAGCAUGCGCCGCCCGUUGCUCCUGGAGCUACAGAUACCGACAUGGUCGAUCUCAAUUUGGUUGACAAUCUGCCAGUCUCUAAUGACAGAAUAUUCGAGAUACAAGAUCGUCUAGACGCCAUUCGGAACAGACUGGAAGAGGCUGAAGAAUGGGCCACGGCAUCAUACGACGAGACGAAGGAGGAGAUGAACAAAUUGGUGGCAACAUUUGUCGCCAGUGGUUUCAAAGCGGACGUUUCUCGUGAAGUGACGGCUGAGCCAUCCAACGAAGCGGACCAGCAAGCACUAGAAGGGCUCAGGGUGGCAAAGUUUACGUUUGAAGAGCAUCAAAGGACAUGCGAGGCGCUUAAAAGGCUCUUGUUUUCACGAAUAGAGAAGAGCAAAGGCGAGCAGGCGAGCGUCGUGAACGCCACUGCAGAGCUCGAGUCGUCAAACUCUACUCUGGAUGCCCUCGAUGCAGAGCUGGCAGAGAUUCUUGGACAAGUGUCCACGAAUGUAUCGCGAAUGUCCUUGAUAUCGGACGAGGAGAAGCAAACGAUGUACGAAGAGACAAAGGACAUGUGCAAAACCGGUCUCCAAACCACUACCGCGCUUCUGGAUUUGAAUCCACAGUAUGCGACGUUCCAGAGCUCUCGGCUUCUCUCUCGCGUUCCUACUUCAGAGGAGGUGGUCGCCGAGCGCAAGAGACUCGAUAAUGCACAUAUAAACGACUUUAAGAAACUGCAAAAGGUGGCUUUCGAGGGCAUUGCGGACCUGUUGACCAGAGCACGGGCUCAGCAGGAUAGACUGGAGCAAGAGCACAGAUGGGGAAUGACAGACUGCAAUCUGUCGACUGGCGUGGCAGACGGGAUGCAGACGCGCUCCCCGGCCGCUCAGCUGGUCGCCCAGUCGCCACAAUUGUCGCCAAUAUCACCAAUGACGCCAUCCACGCCGCCUUAUCGCAUCAAGCCACUCGCCGGAGUUGCUGACCAUCGGAGGAGGCUGACCGAUGAUAGCAUAGACGGCGACACGACAAUGCACGGCCGCGUCAGCAUGGACUCCAGUGCAUCUACAGUUCUUGGCGAGGGGACUGACGCAGAAGAGGGCAACUAUGCGUGGACAGAUGAACAAGUCGCGAUUCUUGUGCGGACAUUGGAAGAUGGAUGUCCCCCGAAUGUCAAGAAACGAACCGCUCCGAGAACACCUUACAACGCCGCGCGACCACCAGACACGCUUAUCGAUUUAUGGGCUCGACAGCUCAAACGCUACGGAGAUUGGCCUCAUAAUGUUCGUGAAAUUCGGAGAAUGCUCAAGUCGAUGGCUGCAGACGUGGCAAGAGGUGUUCAACCCGGACGACCAAAGUCUCGCAAUGCAGACGGAGACGCGCUUAUGGACUAUGAAGAAACACGUGAUGAAACUGGAUUUGGAGGCAUUUUAGACUCUCCUCCACCAGCUCGGAGCACCAACGUGCCAGCAGGCGUUCUGAGGUCCUCAAUCAGGCUCCAGCGUCUUGAUCGUGAUUUGGACAUUCAGCCCGUCAGCUAUCAUCCUUACCUGUACGCUCGACCGCGCUCCCCACUCAAGACACCACGGUCUCCCUCUGUGGAACCGAUUUCCCCGACCGAAUCUUACUUUCCGGGAUCACCCUCGUACAACUCGGCCAGUAGGCCUCGCUCACGAUCUGUGUCGCCAGGCAGUGAUGGUCCUCGCCCGAAUUCGCCCACGGUCUCGUCGCGGCACAUCGAGCCUCUUAGCUUGAGCCCAAUGAGGCUUUCACCGCACAAACCAAAUCAGGCAAGGACAGCUAGAUCGCCAGAUCCUGCGGAUCUCCUGGCCACGUUUUCGUCAGAGGCAAGCGGGUCUAGAACCUCUGGAAAGCGUGCUCCUCUUCCGGAUUCCUUCUUCUCCAAGCCAGUGCGCAACAUGCUGCAGCCAGCAGCCCAGCUCCAGGCGGAUGGCUUCUUUUCGACUAAUGCACCCUUGCCAAGUGGGCGUACCGAGCCGAGAAACUUUUCCAGUAUUUCAAGCGUUUCUUCGGUCUUCUCCAAUCAAUCCUCUGCUGUUGGCUCUCCUACACGACCCAGCCAUUCGCCCUCGAAGCAACAGAGCAUCCCGUAUAUUCCACCGCUCUCGGUAACGCAUCCGCAUCUCAACGAGGCACACGGUUCACGUGGUGGAAUCAAACGGAGCGCCAGUUUCUCUCGUCCAGCGGAUCCCAUCAAGCGCGCCCCAAGCUAUCCGUCCAUUAGCGAAAAUUCCAAGCUGCGUCUCACGCACUCUCCACCAGAAACAAACAUUGUACCAGAAGAGCCCGUUAGUUUGCUUGGACACAAGCGAGAACGCUCCGAGACGUCGUUUGUGGAGACUGAGAGCGAAUACGAUACGGAAGACGUACCUCCGAGCAGUGCUCCAUCGAGCGAUGUCAUUCCACCCGUGUCUCCGCUCAAGGCUGCAUUUAAUCCUUCGCCUCCCAAGUCACCGAGAAAGGGUGGACCAUCUCCACACAAGCUACUCCAGUCAUCCAAGCUUCUCGCCUCACCUCGCAUUCUUGGUGGCCGACUUUUCAGUCGGAAAAAGGGUGGAAAGGGAAAGUCUGCCGAGUCGAGCGACGUGGAGAGAGACCGAACUACCAGCCCCAGCCCUACGCCCUCGCCAUUUCCUCGACUUGAUCCGAUAGAGGAUAGAGAUGUGACGCUCUCGCCUAUCACACCAUCCACUCCUGGUAGACGUGGCAUGGAUCUCGAUCGUCUAUUGCUCUCCCCAGACUCGUUCCGAGCGCACAGUGAUAGAGAGUCGUCAGUUCUUAGCUACGAAAGCACUCCUCGAUCCAAAGUGAUGAGUACCCCGCAUCUCCCAGUUGCUCGUCAUAAGACGUCUGCCGAGUUGAGGACCAUUCGCCAAUCGCCUGUAGAGAGGAGAGAAGGAGAGCCCCGUCGCAAGCGAGUCAAGACGGAUGAGCUCACUACUCCACCGAGAUUGCUUCGGAGUCAUGUUCUCAGUACUCAGAAUGGCCACCAAGAUCAUACCCCCGAGACGCCUCGACCCGCCUCUCGAGCGCUCUCAGAUACAGGCCGUCGAGUUGCGCGGACUCCUCCCCGACGCGUACGCGCGACAGCACUCUCUGCCUCUCGAACUCCUCCGCGCCGAAGCGCGAAGAGCCCUCGUUUGUUACCUGGUGGUGGCCGAGCCAAGACCAACUCACCCCCAGUUCCUCCACGACCAGCGAAUCCUUUACCAACUCUUCGGCUCACUGCUAGCCCUCCGCCUCUCAACAAUAUGGCCAAGAUUGUCGCCAGUCUUCCCCCAGUCGAACAAGAGGAUGGGGAGACACCGCGUGCGGCUGUUCGUCAGCGAGUUCGUUCUGGGAUGGCGAGUGCCGCUGCUGCUGGGUCUGGUGGUGCCUCCUCCAACCCGACCACUGCCAAGGAAGGGAGGGGUGUUUCCACUCGUGGAACUCAGCGUCCUGCGUCGCCGGUUGAGAAGAACCGAGCUCGUCGAGCGGUGGGCGAAAGCACCACCAAGGCCAGAUCAACGGCAGCAGACACCUCUGCGACUAAAGUUGGUAUGAGUGCUACCGUUGGACGUACUGCUGGUAGGACGGUGCAAAAGCGAACGCCCAGCUUUCUUGGACCCGAGCUCGUGCUCAAGCAGCCAGUCUCUCAAGAGCCAAUGGACGAGGCAGCAGUCGCAAAUCGACUACGACGCGUUGGAACGCAGCGCUUCCCUGCCGUCAGCACAGCGUCUAUCUCUAGCGUUCUCUUCCCUGAUGGACCCUCGGAUCUUCCAUCGACGCAACUUGACACUGUCCAAGAAUCGUCUCCGACGAACGCUACCUCUGGCAAUGGGGACGAGGGUGUUGCUCAACCGGCUCAGAUUCGACGACAGACGCCUAGCCGUGAUACCUUGCGCUCUGGACCUGGACCUUCUGUCGGCUUUGGUCGUGCUCGCAUGACCCGUAGUAUCAGUAUGCUUGGGCCGGGCGAAAAGCCGCGCCCAUAUUAA